AUGAGGUUUCCGACGGUGUUUGUGCGAUGGUUCCACCAUCGAAGGCCGCUAGAGGCAGCCGGCUCAAAGAGCGCCAAGGGAGUGCUGAAGCUCGUGAAGGAGUCAAGUGGGCAGAACGAGAGCGAGGCUCGGGAGCUCCCAAGCUGGAAGAAACAGGUAUUGGCAUUAAAACGGAAGUUCAAGGGCGAGCGAUGGAAUCCAGCGAAAAAACUGUCGAGGACAGAGAUGGAAGGAAUGCGGAUUCUCAGGGCUCAAUUCCCCCAGCUUACCGCCAGCGAGCUGUCUGAGAGAUACAAAGUUUCGCCCGAAGUUGUUCGACGAGUUUUAAAGUCCAAAUGGCAACCCACCGAGGAGGAAAUGGUACGACUGCAUGAAAGGUGGAAGAGGAGAGGUGAAAGAAUACAGGAGCUGUACCAGACGUCACCGGAACUGAGACAGGGGCGAAUAGAGCCUCGCAAAAAGAUUAGCAUAGCUUCGGGACGAAGAUCGCCGGAUCUGGUCGUGCGAAGCACAACGAACUUCACCAAACAACAAAAGCCGGCUCUCAAUAGCGGAAAGAAUAGCGGUGCGAAGAAGGGCAAGUUGUUUCUGUUGCAGCGGUCUGCUCGUAAUGAUUAG